AUGGCAGCACCAGCACUGAGGUUUGUUGGUAAUUACGACGUCGCCGCUGAAGGAAAGUGUUUAUGGGAGAUCUUAUGUCAAUUGAGAAACCUUGGAGCCGGCCGAAUCGUUACUAAAACAGAAUGGCAACUAAGAUGGCCUAAUCAGUCGUCUUAUUUGAAGAUUGUGCAUGUAAGUUUUUUAUUUGGUUUUUUGUUAGUUUAGGUUAUGAAGAUUAAAUAGUUCAAAGGUUGGAUUCAGAAGACCAGCGCCUUGAUUUGCUCAUAACUUUUUUGAAAAUAGAUUUAGAAGAUUACAAUUUAGUGAGCUUUAUUUAUUGUACUAAGUAAUGAGAUAAAACAUGACUUAAUAAGCUUAAAAAAUUCCGAAUAUUUAGGCCAGGCCCGAGAUGGAUCCAUGGCUUCAUAAGGGCAAAGUCUGGGCAGAAUGGACGUUUAGAGGACGGAAUAUGGGAGUUUAUGAAUUUUCGAAUGAUCUAAACAGAGCUGAUUGGAAACUAGUUCAUAAACAUGAAGAACAUAAGCUUUUGGACAACAAGUCGACUGUCAGUGAUAUUGUUUUACCAUCAACUUUCCCUCUACCUCCUCUGCAGGUAAAGACUGAAGUUUUAGAAGGUUUUUGGGAAUUUUUGAAGAGAUAUUGUAAACUUUUUGAUAUGAGUAUGGUUUUUGGGACUUUUAAAAUAGUUUUUGUGCAUUUGUAUAAAAUGUUUUACUUUAGUCUAAAACAAUAUCGAAAAAAUUUAAACUUUUGUCUUUGUCCACUUUUAUCCCAUAAGUUUUUAAAUAUCAAGUUUGUUUUAGAUUUUAAAUAGAAUGCAAACUUUUUUUAUAAAAAAAUUGUUUUGUCUUCACAAAAGUUUUUACAACACUUUUUGCAGAGAUAUUUGUCCCAACGAGCGGCCAAAAAGAGUGGAGUAAAGUACGACGGGAAGAGAGACGGCAGAGCAUCACUCGACGUCUGCCUGGAUCCCCAAUUUAAUGUCUACAAAGAUCUGAUAAAACAAAAGGAACCCACCAAUCACAGCGACUCGAUUUACAAAGAGGUCGACCCGCAAGUCUAUCUGGACUGGUAUGGCCAAGUGUUGCCAACCAAGGUUGAGACCUGGUCGUUAGGGCCGGCUUCAUAUGAGCCGAGAUGGAAGGUGGAGAAGCCGGCGGAGUAA